GUAGCUAAGCAUCCAUGUCGGGCAUGGCUUCCAUGCGCUCGUCGUCCUCAUCCAUGGCUCUCGCUCUGCUGCCGCUACUGGUGGCAGCCGCACUGGCUCCCUCUCUGGCUUCAGCUUCACCUGCCCUCGACAAUGGCGAGGAGCUGCUGAUGCUGGGGAGGUUCCAUGGGUGGAUGGCGGCGCACGGCCGGUCGUACGCCACCGAGGAGGAGAAGCUGCGCCGGUUCGAGGUGUACCGGAGCAACAUGGAGUUCAUCGAGGCGGCGAACCGGGACAGCCGGAUGAGCUACCGCCUCGGCGAGACCCCGUUCACAGACCUCACCCACGACGAGUUCAUGGCCAUGUACAGCAGCAACGACGACGACGGCCCGUUGUCGUCAUCGUUGUCGGAGGAGACGACGGUGAUCACAACUCGCGCUGGCCCCGUCCACGAGGGCACCGCCGCCGUCGAAGAGCCGCCACCUCGUCGUACCAACCUGACGGAGGCGGUGCCUCCGAGCGUCGAUUGGAGGGCCAAAGGCGUCGUCACAGCAGCCAAGUUUCAAGGGGUGUCCUGUUCGUCUUGCUGGGCGUUCACGUCGGUGGCCACGAUGGAGAGCGCGCAGGCGAUCAGCACCGGCGGAUCGCCGCCGUUGCUGUCGGAGCAGCAGCUGGUGGACUGUGUCACUCUCAACCACGGCUGCAACAGAGGUUGGAUGGACAACGCCUUCAAGUGGGUGAUCCAGAACGGCGGCAUCACCACGGAGGCGGCCUACCCCUACACCGGCAAGGACGGCAAGUGCCAAACGGGCAAGCCGGUCGCGGUGAGGCUCAGCGGCUACAAGAAGGUUUCGCCGCCCGGCAACGAGGCGGCGCUCAUGGAGGCCGUGGCGCAGCAGCCCGUCGCCGCAUCCUUCGACUACAGCGACCCCUGCUUCCAGCACUACAUCGGCGGCGUAUACAACGCCGGUUGCUCCAAGUCCGGCGUCUACACCAAAGGGGCGUGCAAGACAGCGCAGAACCACGCGCUGGCCCUCGUCGGGUACGGGACCAUGCCUGACGGGACCAAGUACUGGAUCGGUAAGAACUCGUGGGGUGAGAAGUGGGGUGAAAAAGGCUUCAUCUAUGUCCUUAGGGACUCGCCGCCCUUGGGCUUGUGCGGCCUUGCGGCGCUCCCGGUUUACCCUAUCAUCUGAUGACGACCCCAGCCGCCGUGCACCUCCAUCAUGUGUGCGUCCCUCCGUGCAUACUUAUUAUAUGUAAUGAAUAAUUGCACGGUACUACCUAGCUAUUCACUUGUGUACUCCAUCAUGUAAAGGUUCGGAUGCUACACAUGCAUCCUUGCCUAUAAUAAAUAAACAAUUAAUAUAUGCUACUCCUUCCAUUCUAAA